GUAUAUGUGUCGUUUACUUCUGUGUUUAUUUUAAUGUCGCAACAGGAAUUAAUUAGAAUUUAGCUCAGGAGUGUUUUAAGCACAGGAUUGCUGUUUACCUUUUGAGACUGUUAAAUUCCAAGCACGUAUAUCACCGAUACGUGGUGUACCCUGAGUGUACUUCUCUCUUCCUUUGAAUUUUUACUUACGGACGUUCAAAGAUGGCGUCCGUUUUUCGAAAAUUAGUAAGACGCGAAUCACGGAAUGCAGACGGUUCGGACAAGAAUGGAUGUAAGGCGAAGGGAGACGAUCACAAAAGCCAAAGAAAGGAUGGCGAGAUAAGCAGUCAGCCUCAGGAGAGCAACGAAACAAGACACCUAAAUUCUCAUCCGGCAAAAUCUCAAGGGACUAACAAUGGUGUGAAAGUCAGCGACGGCGAAAUGUCCUCUUCGCAUGCUGAGAGGGUGAGAGCAAAGCGUCUAAUGAAAGAGUUUCACGAUGUGACCAUGCGAUGCGAUAACAAAUUGUUUUCAGCGGAACUUGUGGAAGAUAACCUUUACGAAUGGAACGUAAAAUUAUACAAAAUCGACACGGAUAGUUUGCUCUAUAGGGAUAUGGUUGAAACUGGAACCAAGUUUAUUCUUUUGAAUAUUACCUUUCCCGACAAUUUUCCAUUUGCACCACCUUUCAUGCGAGUUUCAGCGCCACGAAUUGAAGGCGGAUUUGUUUUAGAUGGCGGAGCGAUCUGCAUGGAACUUUUAACUCCCAAGGGUUGGAGCAGUGCUUACACAGUGGAAGCGAUAGUGUUACAAUUUUCGGCCGCGGUUGUGAAGGGUCAAGGACGAAUCGACAGGUCCACUAAAAAGGCAUUUUCUAAGAAAGAGGCAGAAUCAGCUUAUAAACGAUUGGUAAAGACUCAUGAAAAAUAUGGAUGGGUUACACCACCAAAAUCAGAAGGUUAGCCGGCUAGAGAACUGCGGAGGUCAAAUUUUCAUGUAGAUACAAGUACAUCCAAUCGAUUCCAUCGGGAAAAAGUUCAUUGUUCACAUUUACAAAAUUGCUUUUGUUGUUGUUCAUCGGAUAGCAACAUUUAACAUUAGUGUUUGCUUCAAGGAAAAAACUUAGAGAUUACAGUGGCCAGUUGGAGGAGUUUUGUUUUCGAUUUUCAAUUUUCUGUUUUAAGUUUGAAAUAUAAACAUUCAUCGUCUGUUGUGGAAUUAUUUGAUGUGCGCAGAUUUGGUAUUAAAUUUGUUCUAUCACGGUUUUAUUCUGAUUUCGCGGAGUUUUACUCACAAAUUUUUAUUUAACUCUUGGAAUCUUUUUAGGGAAGUAAAUGGGGGAACGAUUUGGAAUCAGUUUUCUACCAGCUGUAAGUUAUUGUCCUACUAAAAGCACACCCUUUUCAUCAUGUGUGUUAAUGAAAAAAAUUGUAAAAAUUUAAGCUUAGGUAAAAUUGCUAGUCAUUCAAACAAUUAAAUGACAAAAUUGCUGUUAAAA